AAGCGAGGCGCUACUCAGUUCUCAUUCAACCUGUCCAAGGGCGAACAACUUCUCUAGUCAACAUCAACAGAACAGUGUAUCACGAGUAUUCACCGUAGCAGCAUGUCUGAACAGGCGGAGCUAAAACGAUUCACGCGCAAGGGGCUUGCGGAGAGAAACACGAAGACGGAUGCAGUGUUCGUCAUCGAGAACAUAGUGUACGAUGUAACUAAAUUCCUAGACGACCACCCAGGAGGUCACGAAGUACUCUUAAACGUAGCUGGGAAGGACGCGAGCGAGGAUUUCGACGAUGUAGGCCACAGCACCGACGCCAAAGAAAUGAUGAAGAAGUACAUUAUCGGCGAACUAGUCGAAGAAGACAAAGUGCAACCGAAAAGAAAACAGUUUAGUACAUGGUCGGAAACUGAGUCCCAGGCGAAUAAGAAUGAUGGCAGUUUUCUAACUUCGUGGAAGUUCCCCGUAGUGCUAGGACUCGUGAUGACAGUGCUGUAUUCUUAUCUAUUCGGCUAAUACGUAAUUUAAAUAAUUAACAUUAUGUUAUUGUGUUGUCGUGAAUAUUAUGAGAAGUUUCUCUACGAUAAAUAGGUCUAUGACGAUAAAAAUAUGGGGAUUAAUAGAUAGUAUCAUAACGUAUAUUAUAUUAUUAAGUAACUAUGUUUUAGAUAUAUUUUGUAGUGCAUAUCGACGAUUAUGAUCGUUAGUUGUGCAAUGGUUGCGCAUCAGUGGAAUGUGGUCUAAUUCCGUUGACGCAACUAAUUGUUUUUUCAACUGUUUUCGUUUCAUUCAUUUCAAGUUGCCUUCAAACUACGGAAAUAUAAUAUAAUAUAGGUAUAUGUAAAUACCGCUCACCCUACUUUGAAAUGUCACUGUUCACACUGAGAUGUAAUAUAAAUUAUAAUAAUACAUCUAAGUGUGAGUAUUGUAUUUAUAUUAACAUCUAAGUGUAAGUACCUAUUAUAUUUCCAUAGUUUGAAGGCAACUUCAGACGUUUCAUACUUUUCAUCAUAAUAAUAUAAUCUAUUUACUUUUAUUAGAUUUAAAAUCUGCAUUUCAUUUGAAGGUCUCUGUAGCGUUGAUAGCCUACUGGUUAGAAGUUACAGCCCGUAUGCCUUCAAUUCGGGGGGUUGUAAAUUUGAUUCCGGGCACUUCUAAGUUCUAACUUUUCGGAGUUAUACCUAUGCGUUUUAAGCAAUAAGCAAUAGGUACUUAUCACUUGCUUUUACAGUAAAGGAAAACAUAUUGACGAAACCUGCAUGCCUGAGAGUUCUCCAUAAUGUUAUUGAAGAUGUGUGUCUGUCAAUCCGCCAGCGUUGCAGACUAUGGCUUAAACCCUUCUCAUUCUGAGAGGAGACCCUUGCUAGUUAUGAUGAUAAUAUUUUGAGCUAGGUAGGUAAAAAGUACCUACCUACUUAAUAAAAUUCUAAUUCAGACAUAACUAAGUAGAUACCUACCAACCACACAGAUCAAGAAUAAAAUUAAUAAUUACAGGAAUCCAUAAUAAAUUAUCAAUGUGAUCGCGAGUCGCAACCCGUGCCAUAACAUCAGUUAUUAAUUUACUAGCUGAUGCCCGCGACUUCGUUCGCGUGGAUGUAGUUUUUUAAAAUUCCCGUGGGAACUCUUUGAUUUUCCGGGAUAAAAAGUAGCCUAUGUGCUAAUCCAGGAUAUUAUCUAUAAUCUAUCUCCAUUCUAAAUUUCAGCCCAAUCCGUCCAGUAGUUUUUGCGUGAAGGAGUAACAAACAUACACAAACAUACACACACACACACAUACAAACUUUCUCCUUUAUAAUAUUAGUGUGAAGAGUAAGGUAAUUUCAUAUCUAAUGUACCUAGAUAUGGGUUCAGUAAUAUCUAGAAAUCAUAUUACCUACCUAUUGUUAUGUUAUGUUUUGUUUACCUACCAUUAAGUAGGUACUUAUAGCACAAAGAAUACCAACUGUAAUUAUAAAUUACAUAAAUGAAUGUGUUGAUAAAAAUAAACUUAGUUUGCCACUCAACAAAGUAACUAAGUAUGAGCAAUUAAAUUAUGUGACUUAACUAGAUAUAUUAAAUACUAGCUAUUAUGGGUACCUACCUAGUUACGUAAAUCUAACUGCUGAUAAAUUCAAACUACCUGCUUGUAGUUGAAACAGAGUAGUACCUACCUACCAUCGAUGUCUACCUACCUAACUAUAAACCACCCAAAGCAAGGAUCAAAAUAAUGUGUAGCUAUAUCGUACAAAUAUGAAUUUCCGAAAAAACCGCACUAAGACCUAAGAUUUUAUUAUAGGACCUAGGUGUUUUAACUUUAUAUUUUAAGUACUUGGACUUUGGAGACUAAAGUUUUUGUUGUAGACCAUAGGACUUUUAUAAUUUGUAAAUAUAUUUUUGUUACUAG